UUUGCUGUAAUUUAAUAUGAACAUUUUAGUUAAAUUAAGUUAAAUUAUUUUUGUUUUUUGUAAUGAUGAUUACUGCAAUUAUUAUAGAUAAUGAUAAAGUCAUUCGAGCAAAGAUUGCUGCCAAAGCUAAAGGCAAGGGGAAAGUGUCCCAAGAAAGCCAUAUUGAACAUAUCAAAGAUACAAUUGGAAGCUCAUUUAAAGAUAGUCUUUCUUCUGAUGAUGAUAAACCAAUAUCAGAAAUCUUCAGGGGUAAAAAGAAAAUUUGCUCUAUUGUUUUGUCUGAAGAUUCAAGCAAUGAUAGUCUGAAUUGUGUAGUGGAAUCGGUUGAAAGAGGUAACAUUGGGAAAAUCAAAAGAAGAUUUGUUAGCAAAAGGAAAAAAGUUGUGCACUUAGAUCUUUCUGAAGAUUCAGAAAAUGAUAAUCAUGGCUUAGUGAAAAUGAGGAUUCUUUUGAUCACUUUGAACAAAUGUUGGUGA